AUGGAUUAUCUGUCUAGGAGCUUGACCAAAUUAAAGGAAGACAGGGGUUUUAAGUUUCAUCCUAAAUGCAAGAAACUUCAGAUCUCCCAUCUGAUUUUUGCAGAUGAUUUAUUAUUAUUUGCAAAAGGAGAAACUUAUUCAGUGCAAAAGCUUUAUCAGUGCUUUAAAUCUUUUGGUGAAGUGUCUGGGCUAGAAGCUAAUACAGAUAAAUGUUCAAUCUUCUAUGGAGGUGUUGAGGACUCAGUUAAAAGAGAAAUUGCUAACAUUCUGGGAUUUACAGAGGGAUCAAUGCAAAUUAAGUAUCUGGGAGUUCCUCUAAUUACGAAAAGAUUAUCAUACAAUGACUGUCUUCCCCUGUUUAAUAAAAUCACAAAGCAGCUGCAAAACUGGACAAAGUGCAGAACACUGACAUAUGCGGGAAGAUUGAAAAUAAUAAAAAGUGUGAUCUCUGGAGUGAUUAUCUACUGGACUUCGAAUUGUAUUCUUCCUGUCAAAGUUCUUCGCAAAAUUGAUGAAUUAUGUAGGAUAUUCCUAUGGGGCAAAGAUGAACAUUCUUCUAAAGUGCCUCUUGUAGCUUGGGAUAAGGUAUGCUUAGGAAUGAAACAAGGUGGCAUGGGGGUUUAUUCUGCUCAAAUAUGGAAUUCAGCUUCUGCUUUACGAAGCAUAUGGUUCAUUCAUUCUAACAAGGAAUCUCUUUGGAUUAAAUGGAUCCAUGAAAAUUAUCUCAAACAUGAAGACAUAUGGCAGGUUGAAGCUAGAUCAGGAGACUCAUGGAUGUGGAAACAAUUACUCAGAAUUAGAAACAAGGUGAUGGCGGUUUUAGGAGGUGCUGAAAAUACCAAGUCUCUCAUCAUGUCAAGCUGCAAGAAUUCAAAGCCAAUUCUGUCGACAUUGUACAAGAACCUGUCUGCAGCUGUUAUCUCAGUGCCAUGGUAUAAAACUGUGUGGGGUGGUCUCAAUGUACCCAAACAUUCUUUUAUCAGCUGGCUAGCGAUUCAAAACAGGCUUCUCACACAAGAUAGGCUCCUGAAGAGAGGUAUAAUCAGUUCAAACCAGUGUUGUCUAUGCACGGGACAAAUCACUGAAUCGAGAGAUCAUUUGUUCUUCGAAUGUACUUUUUCCUCCUACAUUUGGAACUCAAUCAUGGAUUGGAUGAAUUUCAAGAAGAAGUCUUGCAAUUGGAAUCAGGUUUGGAACUGGUUUUCAAGCAUGAGAGGGAAAACUCUACAGGUUAAGCUUAAAAGGUUGGUAUUAACAGCUUCAAUCUACUGCAUAUGGAGAGAAAGGAAUGCAAGGUUGUUUACCCAGAAGAUAAGCAGUGCUGAUCAUUUGAUCAAGGUUAUAAAGUUUGAAGCCUCUACAAUCAUUUUCAAUAACCCUCCCUAA